AUGUCGUCGACAAACUUUGCGCCAAGCGCCAUAUACGAGGACCACAAACAUCUGCCAUCGAUUAUACCUUCGCACACGCUUCCAAAAAUCGAAGCCGACUCUAUCAUUAUUGGCGCUUGUGGUGUCAGCAUCGAGGAGUGUCUAGACGACGACUGGUUGUUGUCAGAUUUCUGUACUUUCAACUUUCUGCUCAAGGGCCUUGGGAAAAAGCAAACAUGGCUCAGUGCAGUUUCGGAGCAGGAUUUAAUUGACGUCCUCGCCAAGAAUCCCGAACUGUGGCCAGGAUUCUUGCACGGCAAUCCCUACAUGGAUCGCAAAAUUGUUUUCAACAGCUGGCCUGUCGACCAAAAUGGGAUGACGCCAUUUUCAGUUUGCCAGUCCUCUGAGUUAGUGUCGACACUGGUCACCGAGGUUCAGGCCGCAUGCGCGCUUGCAGCAAAGUCAACCCCUCCGUCCCCGAUCGUUCUUAUGUUAUUCGGUCAUGGAACUCGAAGCCUUGGUAUUUACCUGGAUUACAGCAAACAAAAAUCCAAUGACGAAGCAUUGCUUAGGAUCGACAGGCUCCAGGCUGCCAUUGAUCCACGCGCGAAUAUCACCUUCAUCACCACGGCCUACUACUCUGGAGGUUCGGCCAUUUGCCCAGACCUCAACAAGCGAACCCUCCGCCGCUUCAUGCAGGCCAAUGCUGCAAUGCUGGAGUACGGCUGGAUACACCUUAAUCAUCCGGCUAUACGGGAAGAUAUUCAGAGGUAUUAG